UCCAUGUCCCACUCUUUCUGAUCUGUUCGUCACAGUAUAUUGGGAAAGGAAAACAGGGAAAAUUCAAAACCCAGUCAACUCUUAUUCCUGACUAAUGCUACUUUUGAAGAAAUAUUUUUUUAUAAAUCUCUCAUCUUUUAAGCUAAUCAUCCUGAUUUUUUUUGUGGGUUUGUUGAUAGGUUAAUAGUCCUUAUGUUGUGUAAAAGAUGGAGUGCAACCAUAAUCAAACGAUAGAAGAAAUCGACGAGAGAAUCAACAACAAUACCGCCAUCAUCAUCAAUGAAGAACAACAAGAAAAACAACACCACAGCAACACCACCACUCCAAGUUUCUCAGCUUCAGAGGCAACCGUAAUGGACCCAAACCAACCCAUGAAAGAAGAAGACUUAACAGACUCGGAGCCACAAGAAUUUACCAACCCAACCCUCGUGCAUAGCCUCGUUCAAGUCAUGCCUGCUGCCCAAACGAACCGCACUUUGGCCGCAAAACGCCCAUCAAAAGACCGUCAUACCAAAGUUGAAGGCCGUGGCCGUAGGAUCCGCAUGCCUGCCACUUGUGCGGCCAGGAUUUUUCAACUCACCAGAGAACUGGGUCACAAGUCCGAUGGUGAAACGAUCAGUUGGUUAUUAGAACACGCGGAACAAGCUAUUAUUGAAGCUACAGGCACAGGCACAGUCCCGGCUAUUGCUGUUUCUGUUAAUGGCACUCUCAAGAUACCAGCUUCUUCAGGGAAACAAGAUGCUGACUUGGCAAGGAAACGUAGGAAAAGACGUUCAAGUAGUGAGUUCAUUGACGUUAACGAGCAUUUAAGUUCGGUUUCUUCAGGAUUAGCACCAAUUGUACCAAUGACUUAUAGCAGUGUCAAUGUAAAUCCACAAGGGUUGGUUCCUAUAUGGCAUAUGGGUACUUUAGGUGUACUUCCUGCGGCUGCACCUGGUUCAAACCAGGCACAGUUGUGGGCGAUUCCAGCAACUGCAACACCUUUUUUUAACGUUGCAGGUCGACCAAUAUCUAGUUUUGUGUCUGCUAUGCAGCCAGAGUUGCAAGAUUCCAGUGUUGGCUCGAUGGGUUCAAGUGUUGUGCCCAGUUCUAGUUCAGGUGCUACAAGUGUUGCUGGGGUUAGCGCUAGUAGUAAUGGUAAUAAUAAUUCUAGUAUUAGUACUACGCAGAUGCUUAGGGAAUUUUCUUUGGAGAUUCUUGAUAAGAGAGAACUUCAAUUCUUGGGUCGUCCUGCUAAUCACCAAACGCCAUGUUCAAAGCCUUCUUAAGACAAGGAACAGGUUAAGUUUCUUGAUUUUGAUGAUACAGAGGUAGAGUUUUUAGGGUUUUAGGAUUUUUGUUUUUUGUUUUUUUGUUUUUGUAUUUUUGUAAUUGUAAUUGCAAAGACCAGGGUUUCCAUUAAUUCAAAGGGCUUUUUGUCGUUUUAAUGUUUUACUUGCUUUGGUGUUGCCUAUUUAUCAUCUUCGUCUUCUUUCUGCUUUUUGGGAAGAAAACUUUUCUGGUCCCAGGGAUGGUGGGGUCACGUGAUAUUCGGAUAUGCACGUGGACGGUGGGUCCCAUCAUUUUAGGGACGCGUGGGGUUGUAACUAGCAGGGUCCUUUCCACAUGGUGGGUCAACAAGAAAAGUUGAAGGCUAGAGAGAGUGGCAGGAAAGGGGUGGUGGCCCGUGGACCAAGCCGAGAGUCUUAAUGUAGGCCACACGUAUUUGUCACGUGAUUGAGGCACGAGCACCUAGGGAUGCGAGCCUCACCAAAAACCAAAAUUUCUCGUGCUGAUGAUCUUUUGGUUGGGUACUUGGGGUUCGAUUAGGCAUUUAAUUUUUUUUUCAUAACUUUUUAAGCCUGCGUUUUCGGCCGGCGGACCGGACUGGCCCCUGGCCCUCGGCUGACACGUAUCCUCUGCCAAGUUCUUCUUGUGGGGACCAGCUUCUUUCCAUGCUUGACACGUGACCCUCGAGUCUUCAUGAUUGAUCACUAUGAUCCACUUUAGCAAAGUCGUAAUGCAAAUACUUUGUUUCUUGUCGGUGGAUAUUCUCUAUCAAAUAAUGUUACCAAUGAUAUUUUUCUUUAUCAAUUUAAAUCCCAAAUUUCGAUUGUCCUUUGCUCAUCUAAUGGCGAUAGUUUGUGAUGGUCACUCUCAAGCUCCUCUUUCAGUCAAAUGGGUGUUAAAAUGAAGUUACUUUAGUUGUUAUAUAUAAUCAUGGUGUGGAAUAUUUCUUUCGGCAUGUAAAUACCCCCAAAAGUUACCCUUCGCUGAAAAUUUAGAAUGAAAAGGACGAUAGACUUUGGAGCUUUAAACGAAGAUAGAUACUGAUAAUUUGGAGGCAUAUUGC